CCUCUUCUUCUCCGGGCCUCAGUCGCCUCGAGGCCCGGGAGCCCCCCGGGGGCCGGCCCGACGACCCAGUAGGCGCCCGACGGAUCCCGUCUCCUCGUCUCUUUCAGGUCCGCGCGGGCGGCGGGGCCAGGAUGGCGUCCGGCGGGGGCGAGGCGGCGGCCCAGCUGCCCUUCUUCUUCGGCAACAUCACCCGGGAGGAGGCGGAGGCCCGCCUGGAGGAGGCGGGCCUGGGCGAGGGCCUGUUCCUCCUGCGGCAGAGCCGCAGCUCCCUGGGGGGCUUCUCGCUGUCGGUGUCCAGCGGCGGCCGCGUCCACCACUACACCAUCGAGCGCGACGUGGCCGGGGCCUUCGCCAUCGCCGGCGGCCGCUCGCACCCGGGACCGGCCGAGCUGUGCGCCUUCCACGGGCGGGAGGCCGACGGGCUGGUCUGCCGCCUGCGCGACCCCUGCCUGCGGCCCCCCGGCCUCCGGCCCCGCGCCGGCCCCUUCGAGGGACUCAGGGAGACCCUCAUCCGGGACUACGUGAGGGACACCUGGAAUCUGCAGGGCCAGGCCCUGGAGCAGGCCAUCCUCAGCCAGCGGCCCCAGCUGGAGAAGCUCAUCGCCACCACGGCCCACGAGAAGAUGGGCUGGUUCCACGGCGCCGUGUCUCGCACCCAGGCCGAGGACGCCCUGCUCGCCGCCCCCAAGGCCGACGGGAAGUUCCUGGUUCGGUCCCGGGGCCCGGAGGGCUCGUUCGCCCUGUGCCUGGUGCACGGAGGCCGCGCGCUGCACUACCGCAUCGACCGGGACAAGGCCGGGAAGCUCUCCAUCCCCGACGGAAAGAAGUUCGACACCCUCUGGCAGCUGGUGGACCACUACUCCUACAAGGCCGACGGGCUCCUGCGACCCCUGGCCACCGCCUGCCCCCGCGCGGGACAAGCCCACGACGGAAGUGACGUUUUGGGGCCCCGGCCCCCCCUGCCGGGCGACCACCCGCGGGCCGGCGGACUCAUCGGACGCAUUCACUCCUUCCAGAGAGCAAAGAAGUCCCCCAGCAACCCCCUGAUGCGGCUCUACAAGGAGACCAGAGACGCCCUCGCCCACGCCAAGCUCGGCCCGCACGCAGCCGGACACGGCCACCAGGCCGCCGUGAACCGGCUGGAAAGUUCGGCGGAGCUCAACCCCUACGUGAUGCAGAGGGGUCGCAGGGGAGCCGGACAACCCCUUCCAGAGGAGCUGCGGGAGGCCUUGCCGAUGGACACGGCCGUGUACGAGAGCCCGUACGCGGACCCGGAGGAGAUCCGCCCCGAGGCGGUGGAGCUGGACCGCAGCCUGCUCACCCUGGAGGAAGGAGAGCUCGGGGCCGGAAACUUCGGCACCGUCAAGAAGGGCUUCUACCGCAUGAAGAAGGGGGACAAGGCGGUGGCGGUGAAGAUCCUGAAGGACGGCGGCGGCGGCGGAGGCGGCGGCGUCGACGAGGCGGUGAAGGAGGAGCUGCUGCGGGAGGCGGACGUCAUGCGGCGCCUGGACAACCCCUACAUCGUCCGCAUGAUCGGCCUCUGCCGCGCCGAGGCCUGGAUGCUCGUCAUGGAGCUCGCCGACCUGGGACCCCUCAACAAGUACCUGCAGAAGAACCGUCACGUGCAGGCCCGGAACCUGACGGAGCUGGUGCAUCAGGUGUGCAUGGGCAUGCGCUACCUGGAGGAGAACAGCUUCGUGCACCGUGACCUGGCCGCGCGAAACGUCCUGCUCGUCACGCAGCACUACGCCAAGAUCAGCGACUUCGGCCUCUCCAAAGCCCUCAACGCCGACCAGAACUACUACAGGGCGCAGACGCACGGGAAGUGGCCGGUGAAGUGGUACGCCCCCGAGUGCAUCAACUACUACAAGUUCUCCAGCAAGAGCGACGUGUGGAGCUUCGGGGUGCUCAUGUGGGAGGCCUUCUCCUACGGACAGAAGCCCUACAAGGGCAUGAAGGGCAGCGAGGUGUCGGCGAUGCUGGAGAAGGGGGAGCGGAUGCAGAGCCCGGAGGGCUGCCCGGUGGAGGUGUACGACCUCAUGAAAAUCUGCUGGACCUACAAGGUGGAGGAGCGUCCGGAUUUCGCGGCGGUCGAGCUGCGGCUGCGGAAUUACUACUACGACAUCUCCAACUAGACGCCACCGCCGGGUUCCCCCCACGCCCUCGG